AUGAAUCUAUUACUUAAUCAAUUUAAAUAAUUAAGACUAAAAAAUUAAAGAUUAGUAAAAACCAUUAAAGACGUAAAAAUCAAUUAGAUUUAAAGUAACUUUCAUAUUAACACUAAAUCAAAAUAAAAUAUGAAUAAUAUUUAAUUACUAAAAGAUUAAAAAGAAGCCAAAGCUUUAUCCAUAUAAUUAUAAAAUUAUUUGCAGUAUUCUACUACUAUUAUUAAAUAGUAAAGAAGUGAUGGCAGUCUUUUCGAAAUAUUGUAAAGUAAUAAUAGCUUAUAUGAAACAUUAAGUGUAGAAGUCGCAGAAUAAGAAGUAAAAGUAAUUAAAUUAAUCUGUAAUCUUUAUACAUAAUUAUUUAGGGGAUGCAUAUUCAAAUUAAAGUGAUACAUAAAUUGAAUAGAAUCAUUAGAAUUAAGUUCUCAAUUGUAGAUUUAAUAAAAUUAAGAAGAAUUGCCAUAUUCAUCCUCAAAAUCUAUGGAAAAGAAUUGCUAUUUGAUUAUUAAUACAGCACAAAGAAAUUGUUAAUAAAAUUGAUAAAAGAUUAAUUUGAAUUCAAUUAAUUCUGUUUAUAAAAUUGAUUAAUUAUGUAAUCAAUUACAGAAAGAAAAUGAGAUAUUAAAGAAUCUAAUUGAUAAUGAAGGGGAAAAAAAGGUGAAAUUUACUUACUUAUCAUUCUUUAUGGUGAAAAUAAGGAUUAUGAUAACAGUAAAGAAAAAGAGAUUAUAACCUUAUUGUUACAAUAAGAUAAUGAUCGAGAAUAGAUAUUCUGCAUGA